GCAAUCGAUAACUUUCAAUCGACGGACAACAACAAAGAAAAAUAAAAGUUUAUGAAAACACAACAAAAUUGAACAAUUUAGAAAUUUAACUGUCCCAAAACAUGGCCCACAACUAUCUGCAGCCCGUGCACGACCACUUCGAUGAUGUGGACAGAUUCGAUGACGUGGACGAUGAGCUAUUCCUGCAGAACAAGCGAACGGGAGCACCAAAGGCUCCGCAGCAGAGGAGCACCAAUCCCUUCGAGAUGGAGGACGAUGACGAUGAGGAGAUAACCUCGUCGCCCUCGGUGGCUGCCCAACGACUGGCUUAUGCGGAAAAACGGAGAGCCAUCGAGCAGCGAACUCUGGACUCCACCAACAAGAGCUUGGGUCUGCUGUACGAAACCCAGGAGGUGGGCAAGGCCACUGCUGUGGAGCUGGCCAAGCAGCGGGAGCAGCUGGAGAAGACUUCGCAUCAGCUGGACGAGAUCAACUCCACGCUGCGCUUCAGCCAGCGUCAUCUGACUGGCCUGAAGAGUGUCUUUGGCGGCCUAAAAAACUACCUCUCCGGCAACCGGGAUCAGCCCCCCACCGCUGCUGGUUCGCCCACGACCAGUCAGUCCUCCCAGGAGGCCAAUAGCAACAUUGAUAUGGGCGCCUGUGGAGGAGCUAGUCCUCCGGCUCUGUCACCUGCGGAGCGCUACGACAAUCAUCCAGUGAGCCAGCUGCGUGGCGAUUCCAGCAGCACCUACCAAUCCCAGCGACAGGUGUCCAAUCCUUUCCAGGCCCAGAUCGACGCCAAUCUGGAGGAGAUGUGCAGCAAUCUGUCGGUGCUUAAGAUGCUGGCCACUGAUCUGGGCGGCGAAAUUGAGUCGCAGAACGAGUUGCUGGAUAAUAUGAACUACAAAAUCGAGGAUGUCGACUUGAAGAUCCACAAGCAGAAUAAGGACAUGAGCAAGCUCCUAAAGAAGUGAAUAAAGUCGUCGAUACCAUUAUGUUUACUGCAUCCUUAGAAUAGCCCCCUUGAACAUACAAAUCAUAGUCAUACCAUAUCGCAAGAUGAGCACCACACAAGGCCAUUACGAAUGCAUUCCUCAUUAUGUUUCCUAGUUUUUUAUUGUUACACACACCAAAAAAAAUUCUCUCGGAGUGCUUCAGUUGGAGAGCGAUAAGUGUUCAGUUUUGAAUAAAAAUUCAUAUAAAA